GGCUGGAGGCUGGGAUUAGCUUUAGCUUUAGCAUGACAGCAGGGAUGCGCUGAUUCCGAUCCAUUUCAUUGUCUUUCCACAGGCUAGCGGAUGUACCAGCCGUCUCCAUGGAGUUUCCUCAGAUGACACGUCGCUUCAGUGCUCGGGGAUUUGGGGCAUGGUGACUGCUGUCUGUCAGCCAGAGCAGCGGCGUCUAGCAGGGGCCGUCUGGACCUGAAGGAAGACCUCUGAGACGUGGACGGGACGACCAAGACGGGAACGAGAGCGGGAGAGACAUGGGUCAGUGUGUGACUAAAUGUAAAAACCCCACAUCCUCUUUGGGCAGUAAAAGUGGCGAAAAGGAUGCUGGGAAAUCGCACGGUAAAAAAGGCGGCGGCGGUACGGGCAGCGCGCACAAGGAGGAAGUGGCCAAGUCCUCCGUCGAUGUCAUAUUCAACGGCACCAAAGUGUCAGAGGUGACGGUGGAGGGCAGCACGGCUCCGGCCGUCUCCGCGGAAGUGCAGCGGGAAAAGAACACGCAGGACGGGGGAGGAGUGUCGCUCGCUCAGAUUCACGACUUGUUCUCGUGUUAUAAGGACGAGUAUGAGGAUGCCAUCCUGGAGGAGGGGAUGGAGCGCUUCUGCAACGACCUGUGCGUCGAUCCGGCCGAGUUCAGAGUGCUGGUGCUGGCGUGGAAGUUCCAGGCUGCUACCAUGUGCAAGUUUACAAGGAAGGAGUUUGUGGACGGCUGUAAGGCGAUCCAGGCCGACAGUAUCCCAGGGAUCUGCUCUCGGUUCUCCAUGCUGCUAGAGGAGUCCCGUGGAGAAGAGAGUUUCAAAGAUCUCUACCGCUUCACCUUCCAGUUCGGGCUGGACGCCGAGCAGGGCCAGCGCUCGCUGCAGCGCUCCAUCGCCAUCGCGCUGUGGCGGCUCGUCUUCACGCUGGACACGCCGCCGCUGCUGGAGCACUGGCUGGACUUCCUGUCGGAGAAUCCGUGCGGCGUGCGCGGCAUCUCCCGCGACACCUGGAACAUGUUUCUGAACUUCACACAGAGCAUCGGCCAGGACCUCAGCAACUACAGCGAGGACGAGGCCUGGCCCAGCCUGUUCGACUCCUUCGUGGAGUGGGAGGCGGAAAGACGGCGGAGAGAACAGUCGGACGCUGCCGCCUCUGAGACGGACUGUGAGGCCGCGUCCGUUUGGCCGGGAACUUGAGGGAUGGUGGUGAAUUCUGGACGAUGACGUGCGGAGGUGUUUCUGAGCCCGUCACUCUCCAUCCUAUUCUAAUUAUUAUGAAAUUUUCGGUCUCAUCGCAUUGGACAUCCCGGUGCGCUCUCAGACUUUUGUUUUAUUGAAAGGGCUCCAAACGAAUAGUUUUUUUUAAAGCACUUUUAUUUAAGUUAUUGCUAUUGUUCAUUUAAUUUGUUUUAACGUUCACAUUUCAUCCAGAGCGGUUUCUUCUCGCUAAUAUUUUGGGAUUGACCAACACGCCAAAGAAAAGGGAAUUCUGUCAGCUGCCUACCGAGUUCGAACACACACACACACAGAUAUUUAUGCACACAAGAAACCCGCGCGCACACACACACACACACACGCCAGCAUAAACGCUGCAGGGAAUGUGUUUUAACGGUUAUUUUUGGUUGAGGGGUGUGUGGUGGUUCUGCUGGUUCUGUUUAACAUCAGACUGUGGUGAUUGAUGUCCUGAAGCCCUCAAAACCUCAUUUCUCACAUGUGCUUCCCUAAUCAUUUCUGACUUUAUUUUGUUCUUAUCAUUCACGUCUCCUCUGAUGCGUUCAUUCAUUCUCAUAUAUUCUCAGUGGUCAGAUGUGUGUGAGUGGGAAAUACAGAUUCAUUUGCAGUUGGAUGUCUGCUGUGAGCUUUUUAUUUUACAGUUUACAUU